AUGUACAGGGUAGAAAAUCUCAACAAGAAUCCUCCAGAAGGUGUUGUUGUGGAAGAGGCUGAUAAUUUAAAAAAAUGGAAAGUACGUUUGACUGGUGCUCCAGGUACCAUUUACGAGAAUGAAGAGUUUAAGCUUGAGUUUCGUUUUACUACACAGUACCCAUUAGAAGCACCUGAUGUUGUUUUUAUCAAACCUUUUAUCCCAAUCCAUCCACACGACUGGUCACCAGUCCAGACAGUUGCUCAAGUUUGUUUAUCCAUUAUAUCCAUGAUUUCUAGUUGCACAAAGAAAGAGCUUCCACCAGAUAAUGAAAUGUAUAUCAAAUGUGCGUCUGCAUCACCAAAAAAGACGGCGUGGGCUUUCCAGUAA